GGUGACGUUCCUCAUCACCCGCCUCACGGGGCCGGCCCUGCAGUGGGUGAUCCCCUACAUCAGGAAGAAGAGCCCCCUCCUCAAUGAUUAUCGGGGCUUCCUGGCCGAGAUGAAGCGGGUCUUUGGAUGGGUGGAGGACGAGGACUUCUAGGCCGGGAGCCCCUCGGGCCUGGGGGCGGGUGCUCGGAGGAGGAAGCGCUGAGCCCGUGGCCGCCGCUCAGAUGGCCGCGGGCGGUGCCUCGCCGCGCCUCCCCCUCCCUCACGUUCGCCGCGAUCGAGUGGCCGCGCUGUCCCCCGCGCUGCUGUCCCCUCCCGCGUAGUGCUUGCCUUUGUUCCAGGAAUAGCGCUCCAGGUCCCCGCUGCUGCCACUGGGCCCCUCGCGCGCAGCACACUUGGUUGGACUCGGGCCCGCGCUCCAGCUGCAGGCCAGGCUCCCGUUACACGCGGGACACACCACCCACAGCCCGGCCGCUGCGGGCCACCUCCACUACACUGACCGCCGGGCCUGCGGCGCUGCGCCCAGAGACCCGCGCUGUGGCCGCUGGCGCCACCCACCGCACGCCACGGACAGACUGAGGCCUCCAGCCAUCUGGACCCAGCCAAGAAGCGUCUGAGCUGCCAUGGCCUCCUGCCCCUGGACAGAGAUCCAGCAGCUCACCACCCACCCUUGGAGGGCCGGGCCAGCCUCUCCCCUGCAGCGGGACCCAUUCCCUGCCUCCUCCUGGAGACCUCUUCUGCUCUUACCAGAUGGCCGCCAGUCCCAGGGGUGCCUGGCAGCCAAAUGCAGUCCCUCGUUUUUGCCCGUGGACCUGUUAGUUUUGCCCAGAAUCCAGUUCUCUUCUCAAUUCGCAUUGUUUUCGUAAAUAUGUGUUUGUUGGUCAUCAUUCUAACUCCCUCAUUGUACACAACUCCUGACACUACCUGGACAAAUGUCUUUCCAUUUUUUCAACAAAUGUCAGACACUUAAAAAAAGUCUCAAUAAACAUGGCACUUCCCCUUCCCUGUUUCUAUAAAAGGGGUCCACGUCUUGUUCAGAAGGGCUUUCCCUUGCCAUUCCAGAAUAUUAGAGACUCUCUUUGUUGACUCUUGCAUAUAAAACGUCAAAGAUAGAAUCCCGAGGUGGUCCUGGGGAUAGAGACCCCACUGGCAACUUUUCAAUCCCAGAUGAUGACUCCUUUGAACCAGUAAGUUGUUCCAAGCCCUUUAAGAAAUGGAUCUUUAGUUUGGCCAAGGCAAUGUGAGAAGUCAACCAGGAGGGUACUCUGAAAAGGUUUUCUCAUUUCCAAAAUAGUCAUUUGAAUGCACCCAACUUGUCCAAACCAUUAAUCCCACGUAGAUGGUGAACAAUGUCAAAGUUUUAUUUAACCUCUUUCAGGAAACCAGCAAAAUGAUAUAGGUGCUUUAAAAAACAUUUAUAGAACCUCCAUUAUGAGGGUAUUGGGAAUGGGGAAAAGCAUGCAGAAAUGAGACUGUUCAUGUACAAACUUGGUUGAUGACUUGUAGAACAAUAAACAUAUAAACUUACCUAAUAGUCUGAAAAA